AGGGAGGUAUAAAAUUUCAAGCGAGAGAAACAGAAGCAGGCAGUGCGCCUGGCGAGGAAAGGCAGAGGAGGCGACGGCGAAAGGGGGCCGAGGAGAGCGGAACGGCUGGGUCUCGGCGGAAGGCAAGAGACGGCUUCUACCAGAAACCGGGCAGCCUGGAGACGGCGGAAGAGCUCCGAAAGCCGGCCAGGGGGCACCGCGAGCAGCUUUGCCCGCCCGAGCCAAGCUCAGGAGCUCUUGAGAAGAACAGCAAAGGCCAUUCAGGCGCGUCUCUUGAGGGGAGCCCCGCUCGGCGCAGUUCCCACCGGCAUGGCGAGCGACGAAGCAGCACGAAUGGACAGCCACAAGUGCGCUUUCGGUCCCUGACACGUGCGCUCCCCGUGGAGUCUCCCCGCCGCCUGCCUCCUCCGAAGCUGCCCAGCGGCGCAGCGGGAUUGGGAGGCCGGGCGAGGCGGUGAAGCCGGCAACUCGGCUCGAUUUGCCCCCUGCGCGGACGCCCUCGCCCUCAUGGAGAGCAACCCCGGCGGGACGGAACGCCGAUCCGUUUCCUCCUCUGCCUCGACGGUGGCCGUCGGCUCUUCCUAGGCUUGGUGUCCAACCCGCUCCCGAGGCCGGCGGGGAGAUCCUUCAUGCCCUUUCUCGCCAAGUGCCAAACGGCAGGAUCUGCUUGGUCGCCCGCAGGUUUCCUGCGGAGUUACCCCGCCGCCCUUUUCCCACCUUGCGCCACGCCUGAAGAUGCACUUGCGCGGGACUUUGCUGCUUCUCUCGCUCCUGAGCUUGGCCACGGUCAGCCUGUCGCUCUCCUCCUGCACGACGCUGGACCUGGAGCACAUCAAGAAGAAGAGGAUAGAGGCCAUCCGGGGCCAAAUCCUGAGCAAGUUGCGCCUAACCAGCCCUCCAGAGAGUGUGGGGCGAAGCCACGUGCCCUAUCAAGUCCUGGCUCUGUAUAACAGCACCCGGGAACUACUAGAGGAGAUGGAAGAGGAGAAGGAGGACAGCUGCUCUCAGGACAACUCGGAGUCCGAGUACUACGCCAAAGAGAUCCAUAAGUUUGACAUGAUCCAGGGCUUUCCCGAACACAAUGAGCUGCCGCUAUGCCCCAAAGAAGUAACUUCCAACAUGUUCCGCUUCAAUGUGUCUUCAGCAGAGACAAACAUCACCAGCCUCUUCCGGGCAGAGUUUCGGGUCCUUCGCUUGCCAAACCUCAGCUCCAGACGUUCUGAGCAGCGUAUUGAACUCUUUCAGAUCCUGAAACCUGAUGAGCAUAUUGCAAAGCAGCGGUACCUAAGUGGCCGAAAUGUACUGACAAGGGGCUCUUCUGAAUGGCUGUCCUUCGAUGUCACAGAGACUGUCCGUGAAUGGCUUUUUCAUAGAGAAUCUAAUCUAGGACUGGAGAUCAGUGUCCAUUGCCCAUGUAACACCUUUCAAUCCAAUGGCGACAUUCUGGAGAAUCUGCAUGAGGUGCUGGAGGUCAAAUUCAGAGGGAUAGAUGGUGAAGAGAGUCACGGCCGUGGGGACUUGGGAAGCCUGAAGAAGCAAAAAGAUCUGCAAACCCCGCACCUGAUCCUGAUGAUGCUGCCUCCACAUCGUCUUGGAAGUUCAACUGUGAGAAGCCAGAGAAAGAAACGAGCAUUGGACACCAAUUAUUGCUUUCGGAAUCUGGAGGAGAACUGCUGUGUACGUCGUCUCUACAUUGAUUUUCGUCAAGAUCUGGGCUGGAAAUGGGUGCAUGAGCCAAAGGGGUACUUUGCUAACUUUUGCUCUGGGCCAUGCCCUUACCUUCGUAGUGCGGAUACCACACACAGCACGGUCCUUGGUUUAUACAAUACUCUGAAUCCCGAAGCAUCUGCUUCCCCCUGUUGUGUUCCCCAGGAUCUGGAUCCCCUGACUAUCUUGUAUUACGUUGGAAGGACCCCAAAAGUGGAACAGCUGUCUAACAUGGUUGUGAAAUCUUGCAAAUGCAGCUGAAAAGGACCCAAUGCAAUUCCCAGCUCAGAAACUGCAACCACUAUCUUUGAUCUCAGAGUAAAACUCAAUCCUGAAUCCAUUUCUCCCUUCCUGACUUUAUCACCUUGUUCCUUAUGAAGAUUGUUUUUUCUCCAUGUAUGGAUAUUUGAGGAAAUGGACACAAUACAAGCUAGAUUUUUAACAGAUAAAGGCCACCAAAUAAGCGAUUUUCCCAAGAAGGAAAUCAUGAGCAGAGCCGGAGCAUAUAGGAAAACUAGACUUUUUUGCCCAUCAAUAAUUGUUUCAUCGAGCUCAACUUUGUUCACAAGAGGAGGAUGGCUGGUUUCCUUUUAACUGGACAUAUUUUAUUAUCACCCAUACCAUAAUGGAAGUCAUUAUUCUGCAGACAGUGAGUACAGGAAAUUCGUGGUCCAAAUAUGAAACUUUCUCAGAAACUCUUCUCUGUUUUCUUUCUCCUCCUGGAACACUUGCUGGAGGGCUUCUGUCACAGAGGUUGGCUUUGUCCCUAUAUCCCAACCCUGUUCCUUGGUAAUCUUCCAAGAAUCUUGAGGCUGUUGUGGUGGUUGAGAUCUUUAAAAAAUCUGCCCAUCUUGUACAAGGACUUAGCCUAGGCCACACCUGCCAAAAUUUUAUACAAAGUGUUAAUCUCAAUAUUGUAAAAAAAAUAAAUAUUUUUCUUUUGGAUAUUAGAAUUUUAUGUUCAAGAAAGUUGUUUCCGUAUGGAAAGGAAGAGAUACUUCUACAGCUGUGGAAGAACCCACAAAGGUUAGACUAGAGCACUUACUGCAGCAAGAAAUCACAUUUUCAGUGACUGAGAGUCCUGAAGGAAAUGACAAUGCUGAAAGGAGAUUUGCACAAGCCAAUGGGACCAAUUUGGUUCAGUUGUUGUUUCACUCUUCAUUUGGUGGUGGUAAUGUUUUAAUUUUCCUAAUUUCUUUUUAAAGAUGUGUUAAAUCCAUGACCGAAUUUAAAGUACUUAUAUUAUUUGGAACUAGCCCCACUUUUUAAAAAAUGGAAAAAUCAUUCCAUUGUUAUUUGCCAUUUAUGUUCUCAAACUUGCGGAUGUGCCAACUUUAUUAUUAGUUUUUCCAGAAAAGCCAUGUAGAUAACCUUGAGAGACAUGUAUGUAGCGGGAUGAAGGCGUGAAUUCAAUUGUUAUGAAUAGAUGUUAACAGAAGUAUCACAGUGAAAAGGGUAGCUCUCUGGUCUCCUAAGGCCCUAACAACUGAAAAGAGCCCACACUUUUAAAGCAACAGUUGUUUCAGUUGCUUCAACAAUGGAUUCAGGCAUAUCCAAAAAGCACUACUUUUGUCAACCUGACUGCUGACACAUUCUCCCUAUUGCAUACAUGUCAGUUUCACAUAUUUAGACAUUGGGGGGAUAAUUUUUAAAUAAUUAACUACAAGGAUAGUAGACAAGCUGAAUGAGGAAACAGGUAUAGGGUGGUAAGGCACUUAUUCUCUUUGCCCAUCACCGUGGGCACGUUCUAACUCUCCUGUAGCAUGGAAGUAGUCAUCUCAUGCAGAUCAGGACAAUGACAAAGAUGUUUCGUCCCCUGCUUCCUCUCCCUCCCCCCAUUUUUGGGUUCUAAUUACAUUGGAACUCUGCAUCUUUACUUUGAAAGGUGUUUCGUUUAGACUGCUACUGAAAGAAUGGUGUUGGAAGAUCUGAAGGACCAGGUUAGAGACAACUGUGUUACAGAGAAAAUCUUUGUGGAAUGCUAAGAGUCACACCAAUUAGAUAACACAUAAUCAAUCAAUGAAAGCAUAACAGAUAUUCCUUAAGGUGAGGAAGAACACAUUUGGCUUCCAAACUACAUUGAGGCCCUUAUGCAGGGAAACAGAAAACCACUCUUUCAGCACUUUUUUUUUUUUUUUUUGCUGCAAUCAAGACAAGUGGGCUAUUGGAGUUUGCCAGUUCAAAUGUGAUAUUGAAUUGCAUAGUGCUCUUCUUUGUUUCUAUUAAACCCUAGCUAGGCCUCUCUCUAGCACAACCUUAUUAUUGUUCAUUUUCUAUCAUGCUGUUCUAAUUGCUAAUAAACAUUUUUAUGAAACAUGAAAAAUUCCAGAUACAGCAGCUGCGGUGGUAUCAAUCUAUCAUAUCAACUCUUUGGCUAAGAGCCUGUGGCAGGAAAACUCAAAUUCAGAUAAGAGGAUACUUCCCACUCAUUGCUUUAGCUUUUAGCCUUCUAUUUUUUCUCUUAAGAUCUCCUUGAUAAAUAACAAGUUAAAAGUGAGGCAAGUAACUGUCCCAAGGACAUACUUUACUGUGUUUUAACUUGUGGACAAGAGACAUCUCUUGAUUUCUGCAAUAAUCUAUAUAAUUUUGAAGUGAAAUAUUUAUAAAUAAAUCACAACAUAUAAAUUUAA